AUGCAGAUCCACGGAGGCAAAAAAACGGCGGCGGUUGAGUUGAGAGAGCUCGACGGCGGCGGAAAGCAGGUUUUUCGGCGAGACAAAAAGCUGAAGAAAGAAGCCGAAGAACGGACCUGGAUCUUUAAGGAGAGCUCAAUGCAGAUCUGCGGAGGCAAAGAAACGGCGGCGAUUGAGUUGAGAGAGCUCGACGGUGACGGAAACCUUGUUUUUCGGCGAGAGCUCAAUGUCGACGCGAUUCUAAGUGUCGUUCUCGUUCCUCUCUCCCUGAUUUCUUUUAUUUUUAAUAAAUGA